AUGGGUACCACGAAGACUAAGCCAUGGCUCUUACUUGUUCUGCUUCUAAUCCUGUCUUGUUACAGAGCAUGCUUCUCCAUAGCUGGUAAUACCCUUUCAGCAGGUCAGUCUCUUUCUUUUUCAAAGAAAGAGAUCAUAUUAUCUCAAGGUGGCACUUUUGAGCUCGGUUUCUUCACUCCAGGCUCUUCAGGAAAAAUCUACCUGGGCAUAUGGCAUAAAUGGUUUGCUCCGAAGGAAGCUGUUUGGAUAGCAAAUAGAGAAAACCCUUUGUCUGACCCAUCUUCGUCAAGACUUGACCUCUCAGAAGAUGGCAAUCUACUCCUGUUUGACGGUUCCUCCAAGAUCCCAUUUUGGUCGACAAAUUUGACAUAUCCCGGGUCAAAUAUAACUGAAGCAGUACUUCGUGAUGAUGGGAAUUUUGUUUUGAGAAACAGGUCGAACACGUCUUCUAUAUUUUGGGAGAGUUUCGACCAUCCAACCGAUACAUGGCUGCCAGGUGCAAAGCUUGGGGUCGUUAAGCUCAUUUCAUGGAAAAAUUCAGAGGAUCCAGCACCUGGUGUGUUCUCGUUGGGGUUAGACCCAAAUGGAAGCAAUCAGUAUUUCUUAGAGUGGAACAGAUCCCAAAACUAUUGGAGUUCUGGAGUUUGGAACGGAAAAAAUUUCAGCUUAAUUCCUGAAAUGAACGCAUUUGUGCAAAGGAAAAAUUUUCAACUUAGUUCUAUCUUCACCUACACUUUUGUGCCAAGUAAAAAUGGAAGUGAUGGAUAUUUAACUUACUCUCUUCAAAACUCUUCUUUCCUUUCUAAAUAUCGGGUUGACUACAGAGGACAGUGGAGGCUACGAGUGUGGAUGUCUGGCCCUUGGGAAUGGGGUUCAUUUUGGACUGCACCGAGGAAUCUAUCUGAUGUCUUUGCUUUGUGUGGUGCGUUUGGCGUGGUACAGUACCCUGAGAAUUACUCAACCCCUUGUCAGUGUCUAAUAGGUUUCGAACCAUUUUCGAUGAACUACACCGGACUAGACGAUUGGCGAGGUGGCUGCGUGAGGAAAUCCCCUUUGCAAUGUAAGAAUAAUCCGUAUGCUAAUGGACAAAAAGAUUGGUUCCUGGAAAUGUCAUACAUGCAAUUGCCUGCUUAUUCGAAAGCAUAUAAUUUGCCCGCGGAUGCUAGUAUAUGUGAAUUCGCUUGCUUGAGGGAUUGUUCUUGCACUGCUUUUGCUUAUAAUAGGAGUGGGUGUAUGAUAUGGGAAGGAGCUCUUUUCAACUUACAGCAACGCGGGACGACCGGGCAAAAUAUCUUUCUCAAACUUGCUGCUUCUGAGUUUGAGAAUCUAGAUCCAAGAACCAAAGGAGAGAAGGCCUCAAGCAAUAAUAUACUCUCAUUUGAUUUUGAUACCGAACUCCAUGCAAAGGAUGCUGAGUUACCACUAUUUAGUUAUGAGAGUGUAUCAGUUGCAACCAAUAAAUUUUCAACUUUGAAUAAGCUUGGAGAAGGAGGCUUUGGACCUGUUUACAAGGGGAAAUUACUCAGAGGGCGAGAAAUUGCAGUGAAGAUGCUUUCGAAAAAAUCUAGACAGGGAAUUGAGGAGUUCAAAAAUGAGACAAUACUAAUUGCAAAACUCCAGCAUAGAAAUCUUGUCAGAAUCUUAGGUUGUUGUAUCGAGCGAAAUGAAAAUAUAUUGAUAUAUGAGUACAUGCUCAAUCAAAGUUUGGAUUUCUACCUUUUUGAUCAAACAAAGAAAAACAUGUUAGAUUGGAGCACACGCAUACACAUUAUUGAAGGAAUUGCACAAGGGAUUCUUUAUCUUCAUCAAUAUUCAAGGUUACGGAUCAUACAUAGAGAUCUAAAACCCAGCAACAUUCUUUUGGAUAGUGAAAUGAAUCCAAAAAUAUCAGAUUUUGGGAUGGCUCGAAUAGUUGGAGACAAUGAAACGGCAACAAACACACAUCGAAUUGUCGGAACUUAUGGUUAUAUGUCUCCCGAAUAUGCUAUGAAUGGUUUGUACUCGAUAAAGUCGGAUGUGUUUAGCUUUGGAAUAUUGGUACUAGAGAUUGUGAGUGGCAGGAAGAAUACUAGCUUCUAUAACAGCGAGUCACUCAAUCUUCUUAGAUACGCUUGGGAGCUUUGGAUAGAUGAUCGAAGUUUGGAGUUGAUGGAGCCAACAAUAGGAUAUCCUUCUUCCACUUCUGUUCUAUUAAGAUUCAUCAACAUUGGCCUUCUUUGUGUCCAAGAAAGGCCGACUGAUCGACCAACCAUGCCUGAUGUAGUCUCAAUGAUUAGCAAUGAACAUGCUCCUCUACCUACACCCAAGCAACCUGCUUUUACCAGCGGCUGGAAUGUGAUUGACACAAAUUCAACAAAUGACAGAGCAGAAAAGGGCUCAAUAAAUACCGCAGUUCAAGUUACAUUUACCAUAGGCUUCAUUUUGACCCUCACCGAUGUCUUCUUUGCUGCAGUGGUUUAUCUUUGGACCAGGUACUUCUUCAAAAAUAUACGGUAUAAUGAUUUUGAUGUCAAAGAUGUUGUUUGGGUAGCAAAUAGAAAGAACCCUUUGUCUGAGGCAUCUUCAUCAAGACUUGAACUCUCAGAAGAUGGCAAUCUAGUCCCGCUUGAAGUCCCAAACGGCCAAACUCCAGAUUGCAGAUUGUGCCGCACGCCCGCACUGCCGUCUGCCGCUGCUGACUCUGCUGAGCUGCUCCCUAUGCCUCCCACUCAUUGCCUCGUUCACGACGUUCAGCCCAUUGAAGCUCCUGCAGAAAUCAUCUCCUUCAGUUCACGGCUUCACGACGUUCAGCCGACGACUUUCUGCCCAUUGAAGCUCCUGCAGAAAUCGUCUUCUUCACAGCUUCAAGUCGUUCAGCCGACGACGGUUCAGCACUUCAGCCCAGAAUCUUGA